GCGAUCACCUCUAGGGACCUGAGCGCCCUGAACAUCGGGGGCAUCAACACCCUGUCCCGCUCCGCAGAGCACAUCUACUCCUCGCUCCACGGCGACGGCGGGAAGAAGCUGGGCUCCAGGGCCCGGAAGCCCCUCAGCCUCGGCAAGGGCCCGUUCGGCUCCAUCUCCCGCGUCUUCGCCAGGGCUUCCAAGCAGAGAAAGUCUCUGGAGGCUGCUGGUACUUACGAUGCCAUCGCGGAUUAUUUGAGCGAGCGCCAGAGCUGGAGCCCCCGGAGUUCCCUGUGUGCAUCUCCAUUGCGCGAGGACAAUUACUCGGAGAAGCUGCGGCUCCUGGAGGAGGCGCAGAGGAUCCCGAUGGAGCAGUGGAGGGCCGGGACCCUCCAGGCCUGGCUGGAACUCUCCCUCGGCAUGCCGCAGUACGCGGUCAUCGUCGCCGAGAACGUCAAGAGCGGG